AUGUCUGGCAAGACGUGGGAAGACGAUGUACGACGCAAACUCAAGGAUUUGGGACUGAAGCCGUUCCCCGAUGAUCCCUGUAUCUACAGUGAUCACAAGCUCAUUAUUAUGAUCUUUGUCGAUGACUUCCUCGGCAUUUAUCAUAAACAAAAUGCCGAACACGCCCUUGGCAUCAAAAGAGGACUGAAUACAGGGAUCAUCAGGGAAUGGCUUCAGUCCCAAAUCCUUGAGUUUGCGUCGUAUACCGUCUUCCCACGUCUUGCCAGACAUGCGCAAACCAGAUUUUUCCCCUAG